UGAGCGUUCAUUUUUAGCUUCCUGUUCGUAGCAGGCUAGCAGCAGAAACGCAGAGAACUGCCAUCAUGAAGCCGGAGCAUGAGUUGACUAGUGAGGGAUCGGAUGAUGAGGCUCCAGAUGAGGUGACGUUCAAGAGCGCUAAGACUCAAGCUGAGGAGAACGCGAGAGAGAAACGGCUUGCGGUAAAGAGGGAAAAGGAUUUAUUGAAAGAGAAGAGGAAACAGAAGGAAGAACUAUUUAAAGAGCAAAAGAAAAGAAAACUGCUCUCUGAGGAUAUACUUCAGACUGUCUCUUCACUUCCAGAGAAAACGGAAAAAAGGAAUGAAGAGGCACCCCAAGCCAAAGGUAGCAGCAGAGAUGAAGGUGAUGUGCGCUGUGUCAAGAAAAAGAAGUUAGCUCCUAAAACAAAAUUACAGGACAACUACAGUGUGGUACGGCUGAAAGAAUACAAUCUCGUGUCCUUGCAACAGGAGACAGCUAAGAGUUUUAUUCAGAAGAAGUUGUAUGGAAAGUACAAGAACAGAGCAACAGCUAACGAAUUUUUAUCAAUGAAAAGCAAAAAAGGGAUUGUCAAAAAGCCAGCAGUCCAGUUUACUGACAGCACCUGGGGGAAAGAGGAGAAACAGAGAGCAAAUAAGUUCAAUCUUCUUUGGACUAACAGGAAGAAAUUGUGAUACCAAAAGGAACAGGAAAUACUGUCCGCAGUGCAGAUUUUGUGCUGUUGACUUAUCUUGUGGUUACAGACAGCAUGGACAUACAUAUGAUUGUACACUCUGUACAGGAAAAAUAUUUUUAUACCUUGGACUUAAUUCCUCUUAUUAAAUUACUGUUUUAUUUAAUUUAAAAAAAUGGUCAUUUAAGUUCACAAAAGACCUUUAAAAUGUCUGUCUCUUUGUCUAUUAAUAAAAGGACACAGACUGCUGUUUAA